AUGACCAAAGUCAUAAGAACUACCCCGAUCGAUCGGUCAAAGAGAACUGCUGUCAAGGGAGAUGUCGUAGGUGAAAUCAACAUUAUACAUGGAAAGAGAAAAAGAAAAUUGAGUUCCAAUUUCGCAGAAUAUGUGUCCUCAUCGGAGAUGAUCAUCAAGCCUAAAUCUCCAAAACAAAACAAGAGCAAAACAAAGAAAAAUAAGAAGGAAUUGUCGGACAGUGAUGAUGUGGACGAAGAUGGUACCAGUAUGGAAGAGAACCCAGUUAUUUAUUUAAAUACCGGAAAGAGCAAGUUUGAAGUGGUGGAUAUGGAUGAAACUAAAGAAGAGAGAGAAGAAGAUGCUGAUGAAACCACAAGUUUAUUCAGUCAAGAAAUUGUACAAGACCAAAGUCGCUCCUCAAAAAACAAAAAGAAAUCAAAAGAUCAGAAGAAGAACAAACAACACGUCAAAGAAACAAGCCCUAAAAAGAAGGAAAAGCCAAUCUUUGUUGAAGAAUUACCGCCCUCAACACAUUCUGAAUUACCUUUCGAUCCUUUGCAAUACUUUUCUGAACGCAUUGUCGAGUGUGUAAAGAAAUUAGGAGGCACUUUCCCAGCAACUUACAACCGAAAUCUUCCCUUUGUUUAUGGAAGCCAAACAUAUGAACGAUUUGAUGAGUCAAUGAGGUUAUUCACUUGUAUUAAUUGGAACAACCAUUUAUUCAAGAGUUCCUUAUCUAAUGCAAUCUUUGGCUUAGAAUUUUUGCCAUUUAUCUUGGAAGAGCAAGACAUGACCCAUUAUGAUUUUAUUUCAGACCGCAAUGGUAAAAUUGCUCUCAUUGGUGAUGCAACUGAUACAAUUAUUGCAGCAGAUAUCUUCCCCACAGUUCCUUGCAGAAGUAGUGAGAAGGGGGACUUUUUACUGUAUCUGAUUUUCGAUGACAAUAAGCAUAGCCCUCCUAAAGGUAUUUUCCUCUCAACGUUUUUGGAUUCUUUGAGUAUUGACACCACUGAGUAUUCAGAGACAGAACGAGAUAACUUCACACAAAAUUAA